GCGAAGGGAGUAACUCCUCCUUUCUCUAGUUCUGUUUCUUGCAUGGGCAUUACCGCAAGCUUGAGAGAUCUAAACAUGUAGCCUGUCAGAUUUCAGGUCUGGAGAACAAGUUUUUAGCCCCUUUGUGUGGAAUUAUUUGGAUGAGAGAUGGUGUGAUCGAGCGUUCGUCUCCAGACCUCUCUCCAAACAUACAGACAUUCAGUGAAGAGUUUCAUGGAGAUCCGGUCGGAUGACAGCUGGAACUGUGGUUAUAACCGGAGGAAUUCUCGCAACGGUGAUACUCCUGUGUAUCAUUGUCGUGCUGUGUUACUGUCGCCUUCAGUAUUAUUGCUGUAAGAAGAAUGGAUCCGAUCCAGAUGCUGUUUGCCCACAACCCCAGUUUGCCUGCAACGCAUGCAGCACAUCCCGGGUGGACGGGACCGCUUCCACCCCGCUCUCCCUGUCACCGGAGCCCACGCCACCGCAGAGCUUCUGCCCCUCCUGCUCCCCAUACAGCUCUCCAUUUUACAUCAGCACCAUGGACGAAACGCGGAACGGGGGCGAACGGAUCACUUACAUGCCAUCCCACUACAGCAGCCCGUCCCUGACUCUCACCCUUCCCGUGUCAUUGAGCUCUCGAAGCCGACCGGACCUCUACUCCAACACGCGUGCCAUAAGCACUGAUGUCUGAUCAGUGACGUCCACCAGAAUCACCCCUAAUGUUUCUUCUGUAUACCCGAGCGGUACAGACAGAACAGAGUGAAUAUGGACCAAAGGACAAUGACUCAGUUUUUACAUUGUAUCUGUCUAGCAGUAAAUUGAAAUCAAUAAUCCUAUAUAAUGUUUUAUAGAAAUUGAUACAAAUGCGUUCUUCCUGAAUUUAUUUGACUCUAAUUAAAGUGAUAGUUCACCCAAAAAUGAUAAUUAUGUCAUAAUUUAUUCACCUUCAAGUUUUUCCAAACCUGUAUUAGUUUCUUUGUUCUGUUGA